UCAUUUGAAACUCUCACUUCCUCCGUUGUUUUGUGAUGUACUUUAACCUACUGUCGUCUUUAAGUCCUCAUUCUAGUGGCAGGGUGUUUAGUGCACCGCUGGAACUCCUCGAGCUCAAUCGCCCCCACACGACUCCCAGUUCACCAUGUCCAGGAAGGUUGUGAGGACCAGUAAGUUCCGUCACGUCUUUGGCCAGGCCGUGAAGGCUGACCAAUGCUACGAUGACAUCCGAAUCUCCCAGAUGACCUGGGAUAGCAACUUCUGCUCUGUUAACCCCAAGUUUGUGGCCAUGAUUGUGGACGCCAGCGGUGGGGGAGCCUUCAUGGUGCUGCCCUUGAGCAAGACAGGGCGUAUCGACAUGUCCUACCCCACUGUGUGUGGCCACACAGGUCCGGUCUUGGACAUCGAGUUUUGUCCUCACAAUGACAACAUCAUUGCCAGUGGCUCUGAGGACUGCAGUGUCAUGAUCUGGGAGAUCCCGGACGGCGGACUGACCACCUCUCUCACAGAUCCCGUUGUCAAGCUGGAAGGCCAUUCCAAGCGUGUUGGCAUCCUGAGCUGGCACCCCACAGCCCACAAUGUGCUGAUGAGUGCAGGCUGCGAUAACGUGGUGAUCCUGUGGAACGUGGCUUGUGGGGAGGCGGUGGUGAGGAUUGACACCGUACACCCUGACCUCAUCUACAGCGCCUGCUGGAACAGGGACGGCUCCAAGAUUCUCACAUCCUGCAAGGACAAGACCCUGAGGGUGCUGGACCCACGCAAGGGCACCGUCCUCUUUGAGAAGGAGAAGCCUCAUGAGGGAUCCAGGCCUGUCAGGGCAGUGUUCGUGUCCGAUGAGAAGAUCCUCAGUACCGGCUUCAGUCGCAUGAGUGAGAGGCAGGUGGCGCUGUGGGAUCCGAAGAACUUUGCAGAACCAUUGACGCUGCAGGAACUGGACACCAGUAGCGGCGUCCUUCUGCCGUUUUUUGACCCAGACACUGGCGUCGUCUACCUCUGUGGCAAGGGGGACAGCAGCAUCCGUUACUUUGAGGUGACAGAUGAAGCUCCCUACGUCCACUACCUCUCCAUGUACAGCAGCAAGGAGAGCCAGAAGGGAAUGGGAUACAUGCCCAAGAGGGGCUUGGAGGUCAACAAGUGUGAGAUCGCCAGGUUCUACAAACUCCAUGAGAGGAAAUGUGAGCCCAUAGUCAUGACGGUCCCACGCAAGUCUGAUCUGUUCCAGGAGGACCUGUACCCGGACACCGUUGGGCCCGAGCCCUCGGUCGAAGCUGAUGAGUGGUUUCAGGGAAAGAAUGCCCAGCCUAUUCUGAUAUCUCUAAAGGAUGGCUUUGUAGCAACCACCAAAGCCAAGGAGUUCAAAGUUCACAAGAGCCUCCUGAAGACCACGACUGCUUCUGCCGGCAGUCAACAGGACAGCAGUGCGGAGGUCCAGUCCUUGAGGAAGGAAGUGAAGGAUCUCAAAGCAGCGAUAGAGGAGCUGACCAAGCGUGUGAGUGUGCUGGAGAGCAAGCAUUAAACCAGAGAAGUCUGAUAAACGAGACAAAUAAAAUCAAGAUCACAUAUCAAGGGAGAAGCAGAGGAGCAAAGAAAGACGACGAGAGGGAGAAAACUGUUGUUAACUUCUGAUUGCAGUGACACAAAGGGAGAGAUUAAGGCAACAGAUGUUAUUAAACCUUUUCUUUGGGCAUGAGGCUUGGAUUUGUUUAUUUGGUUUGAUCAACUGAAAAAAAAAUCCUAUUUUAAUAUAUGCUUUUAGUUUGAAAUAAAGUCUUCAGUAUUUCAGAAAUACA